CAUGCCCAUGCCCGGCGGCGGGCGCUGAGCGGCCAUGCCGCGCCGGGCGGAGCGCUGCCUGCAGAUCGCCCCGCACUCCCUGGCCAUCGUCCUGGGCGCCGCGGCCGGGGGACGGCCGGGCGGUGGUGGCGGCGGCGGCGGCGGCGGCGGUGCGGGGCCGGCGGCGGAGCUGGGCCGCCACCGGAUCGGCUACGAGAUCUUCGCGGACUUCAAGCGGGAGAACAUGCAGCACUUCUGGGACCGGCGGGCCACGGCGGCGGUGGCCGAGACCUUCUUCCUGGGCUGGAUCGACGAGCAGGUGCUGCUGGUGCAGGGCAAGGAGGAGCACCUGGAGGUGCUGCGGCAGGGCUGGGCGCGCCGCUCCCUCAAGCCCCCCAGCGGCUUCCACAUCAAGUGCCUGGAAUACAAAAAUCUCUACACUCAGGAGAAAUGCUCAGAACAGCUUCUACAGAGAGGCAAGUGCAAGAGAUGCCUGAAUAAACGUUCAUCUCAACAGGGCAAUGGGAAAUUGUCUCGGGGUACACACAGAAGAGAAGAGAGAAUCUUCAGGGUCCCACUGAAAACUAAUGACUAAAGAGUGCCACCUUCUUGGGAACAAAUUGACUCUGCAACUCUGCAGUGUGGUCCAGAGGACAUUCAGGCUGAUAGUUUUGCAUUGGUUUUCCAGAAGCCUUUUAGUCUGGCAUGUGUUGAGUCACCUAAUUUCUGUUUUGGUUUGACUCCUCUUUAGUGUUUUUCCUUGCCCAAAUACUGGGAUAUGACAAUGAGACAGCCCCUGAAUCUGAGACUAUAAUAAAAUAUCCAAGAAGUAAUUGAAUUACUUUUCUGUAAGAUGAUGAAUCAAUGUUUUUUUUGCUCUUGGGUUUGUCUCUUGCUUGCACUCUCUUCAGACUGAUUGAUGGGACAUGUACAUUUUCAGUGCUAAACCACUAUUUUGAAAGCCAAUUUAAUAUAGGCAGAGCUUCAUGGACCUAUGAAUGUAAAUUCAUGAGAAGAGGCUGUUUACAAAGGGUGGAGUAGCCUAUUUUCAGGCCUCUCAACUUUUCUAAGGUUUUUAAGAUCUCUGCCUGUUACACAGGCUAUAUAUAUAAUCUAUAAAAUAUACUCACUAUAUUGCACAGCUGUAUAAGCAAGAAUUCUGAGAGGGAGCUUAGUAUUGGGUUGUUCAGCAAAUGCUUUGUGGCAUUAUAGCAGCUGCUGGGAUUUAGUUCCCUUGGUAUGCUGCUUCAGUUUUUAGGACUGUCCAUCAACUGUGUUCACUGUCCCAUUUGCAAACAUGCCUGUGGUGCUUUGUUCGGUUUUGUGUAUUGUGAUUAAUUCUUCUAGACGAGAAUUUAGAGCUUAAAACCAACAUACUAAAUAAUAGCCGUGCAACACGCAAAAUAGUGCCCACUUGCUAUUACCAAGGACCUUCUUUUCUUUCUCAAUGCAUUUUUCCUUAAAAGGUGCCUACCUGACAGGCAGAAUCUGUGUGUUGUUUAUUCUGCUGUAGCACCCAGGAGCUUCACCAGAGCCCAAGGCCUGCUCGUGCCUGAUGCUGUCUCAUAAUCUUGUGAAGUGUUACACAAGCAUAAAGCAGAAACAUCGGCUCUGUGGAGGAAUGGAAGGAGACACAGAGAUGUGUGAAUUAGUCUUUAAAAACAUAAUCUGUAAUGGCUUUUACUGCUGGUGGGAUCUACAUUGCCUACUCAGCUCUCACUCUCUGUUUUUUUCAACUCGCAAAGCAGAAGGAUAAGCUGUCUUUCCAACUUGCGGUACAGCUGGCCCCCAUAUAUCAGUAUGUUACUUAAAUACCAGGGUACUAAUGAUAUGUGACACCAGUGGAAAACAAGAAAGCUGAGGCCAACAUUUUUGGCACGUCUUUUACUACUGUGUCCUUUGGAAGAGCAGGCAGUGAAUGAAUUGAGUUGCUGUAACUCCACUUCUCCAAAGUUUUGAAUUCUAUUGUAUGUGAGAGGUUUAAUAAAUGCUUGACUGUGUGCAGAACUACUCAGGAUUCAUAGCUUGCCUCCCUCUUCAGCUGGUUUUGUAUACUAAGGAGUUACAAACCAGCUUCCAUCCAUUUUUACUAACUGGCUUUGAGUCAGUGAU